AUGGCGUCCGAAAAGGCCAACAACCCCAUGCGGGAGCUCAAGAUUCAGAAGCUUGUUCUGAACAUCUCCGUCGGCGAGUCCGGUGACAGACUUACCCGUGCCGCCAAGGUGCUUGAGCAGUUGUCUGGUCAGACUCCUGUCUACAGCAAGGCCCGUUACACCGUCCGUACCUUUGGUAUCCGACGUAACGAAAAGAUUGCUGUCCACGUCACCGUCCGCGGCCCCAAGGCUGAGGAAAUUCUUGAGCGUGGCCUCAAAGUCAAGGAGUACGAGCUGCGCAAGCGUAACUUCUCCGAGACUGGUAACUUCGGCUUCGGUAUCUCCGAGCACAUCGAUCUCGGCAUCAAGUACGACCCUUCCAUUGGUAUCUACGGCAUGGACUUUUACUGCUGCAUGACCCGACCUGGUGAGCGCGUCACUCGCCGCCGUCGCAUGAAGACCACCAUUGGUGCCAGCCACCGCAUCAAGCGUGACGAGACCGUCAAGUGGUUCAAGCAGAGAUUCGACGGCAUUGUCCGAUAA